GUUUCGGUCAUAAAGUAGAACAUACAGUCUGUCCAGUUUGGUCACUGCAUUGUCAGUUUGUUUUCAAUAUGGCUGACGUAUCGUUGUAUUAUUUUCCCGGAUCUUACUAUUCUCUAAAGGCAGUUCUAGCGCUGUACGAAAAAGACGUAGAGUUUAAAGACAAGUAUGUGAACAUCCACGCUGGCGAACAAAAUGAAGAAUGGUACCUUCGAAUCAACCCGAACGGGAUGGUUCCGGUUUUACAAAUUGGAGACAAGUAUUACAGUGAAUCGGAGCACAUCAUAGAUGUCGUGGACCACACGUUUAGUUCAGGUCCAACACUUGUACCGGAUGUGGAGACUGGGCUUGGAGCUGAGGUCAAACGAUUUCGGGAGCUCCUGGAUUCCGUCCCAGUGGAUGUAAUCACCUUUGGACUGCUUGCCAACCCUCAGCUUCGCACCACAGAGAUGAAAAUGCCAGCAGCAUUUAAGAAGCUUACAACACCUGCAAAUAUCGCGAAGAAUUUUGCAGCAUCAAUUGAAAAGUACAAGAAACAAUUACAGACAUGCCCAAGCGAUCUUAAACAAAAUAUUGAGAUGAAGCUUCAAAGGAUUACCGAAAGGAGGGACAAAGUUAUGAACACGCUCAAAGUGCAAGCCACCUUGGACGACUUGGAGAGUGUAUUUAACCAACUGGCUGACAGGUUGAAGAAAUCAGCGGCAGAGUGUUCUGAAGGGGAAGAUGUAUGGCUUUGUGGUGCGAGGUUUACCGCGGCGGACAUCACAGCAGCGAUGCUUAUGUUUCGACUCGAGAUGGUCGGAGUUCUUUCGCGUUUUGCAUCACCAAGCGGGCGACAAGAGGUGCUCAGUUACUACACAAGACUUUCUGCGAGACCAACAGUUAAAAGAACCUAUGCCCUAGUAGAGAAAUCGAAGUCUGUGUAUAUGAUGUAUGCCGUGAAAAAGUAUGGGAAAAUUGCGUUGAAGAUUGGACUUGUGGUUGGUUUAGUUGGUCUUGGAUACCUUGGUGUUCGCGAGUACAGCAGAGCAUAUAAAGGCAUAAAAAAUGCUUAAUUGGCGAUGACUUUUAGGAGGUUUUUAUGCUAAAAUAACUGAAUAAAAAAUAGUACUUGCAUCUUGCGUCGUACAUACUAUUCUGUAUAUUUAUGUCACUCUUUAUGAGGUUUAUAUUUCUUAUUUUCUUCAAUAAUGAUUAUUUAUAGAUACUGGAGUAAGUGUGAGUUUAAAGCCAUGUUAACUAGUUCAAAACCACAGUAAAACUCGUGUUCCAGUUAACUUGUGUCCCAGUAAACUUGUGUCCCAGUAAACUCUUGUCCCAGUAAACUCGUCUCGUGUACCAAUAAAUUCGUGUUCCAGUAAACUCGUGUUCCAAUAAACUCGUGUUCCAGUAAACUCUGUCCCAGUAAACUCGUGAUACAUUUAAUAUGUGUCCCAGUAAACUCGUGUUCCAGUAAACGCGUGUUCCAAUUAACUCGUGUCCCAGUAAACUCGUGUCCCAGUAAACUCGUGUUCCAGUAAACUCGUGUUCCAGUAAACUCGUGUCCCAGUUAAUUCGUGUUCCAGUAAACUCGUGUUUCAGUAAACUCGUGUUCCAGUAAACUCGUGUCCCAGUAACUCAUGUCCAAGUAAACUCG